CCGCAGAGUUUCGUUUCAGACACCCAUCACAGUUCAGACUUGCGUGUGGAAUUACUUUACUCGAGCCACCUAGCCUUCAAUCGGCCGACGGCAAUUCCACCGCGCAACAAACCUUUGACUCCCAUUGA